GGAGGACAAAGCAGCAGCAUUGGGGUUGAGGCGAUCGAAUGGCUACGAAAGGAGACGAUUGUUACUUCUAUUAUAAUACUGAAUGUCUGAAGGGUGACCAAUGCCCUUUCUGUCACAGUCAAGCUGCACUCGGUAACAACACUGUCUGUGCGUUGUGGCUACAAGGGUCGUGCUUUCGAUCAGCAUGUCCGUUCAGACAUAUGCAUAUCACUGUGAAUGCCGUUGAAGAGUGAGUUGUUGUGUUGCUUUGAGAUUCAACCGAGUGGCUGCCUCAAGCCCAACUGUCCUUUCAAGCAUUUCAAGCCAAGAAAUGUGAUCACACUGGGAACGAGCUCAAUGCCGGUGAUGUCAACGACACAGCCAGUUGUUGCUGUCAGACCGUCUGUUUGUGCUUCUACCAACUUGGUUCAAGCACAGGACACGGAGAUGCCAAAUUUCCUUGGAGUUGUAAAGGAAAUGAUGACGUCUCUAUCAGCCCAGUCAGACAACAAAGGAACAUCAAAUUUGACUGUUAGUGGGCGGAUAGUCACACUAAGAAAACCGAUAGGACAUGUGAAGAAGAUUGCAUAUAUUUGGAAGGUUGGAGCAAUGAAUGGCAUGUCAAAGUAGUGUCCAGCAAAAUCAUGCCACUAUUCAAGCUGCUAGUGCAACAGCUGUGACAUUUGUUGACCAGUUUACGAUGCUGUAUAAUUCAAUUCUAACCAGUUAUAGUCAUUACCGGUUGGAUAUAAUA